GAAGGCUUGUUCCGCCUUCUCACGCGAGGGUAAGCAAGGGAAUUAAGAAAAAAAUAUUUUCACCUGGAUCUUGUGAGGGUCGGGAGCAAAAUCAGCAGCGAAAAUCAGAUGUUUCUCAACUAUUAAUAGGUAUAUUUUAGGGGAACAAUCAAGAAGAGAGAAAUUUUCUUUUACAUAGUGGGGUUUUCUCAGGCGAUUGCUAAUCUCAAUUGACUGGAGGCAAAGGAGUUGAGUUUGAUGAUAUGGAUUUUCUAUGUGGAGGUAACACAUCUAAGGGGUGCUGGUGGUUUGGAACUACUGAUGACUUCAAUGAGCGUGAAGGAAGCACUAGUUCAGAUAACGAAUUAGAGGAUACUGAGGAGUCACAUAAUAACGAGAUAGAUUUCAGUGAUUCAGAGGAGGUACAAGAAGUGGAAGAGACACAAGUUCCUUUUAAUGGUACACAACCACCAUCACAACCAAUACCUAUUUCUACUCCGAGCAUAAAGUGUCACGCUCAACCAUCAGGUUUAAAGCGUAAGUUUAAAAAUAUUUCUCGUCGUCGAGUAUCAAGUAUUGAAGUUGAAAAUAAUUUGUCAAAGAUGAUUGAGCUUCAAAAGCAGCGAGUUGAAAUUACAAAAGAGCUAGUAGAUUACAAAAAAGGGGUGCCCACUGAAAUGAAAGAGUGCAUGGAUAAGAUAAUGAAUUUAUCAGGUGUAACUAGUGAUCUAUGUGUGGCAGGAGCAGAAGCUAUUAAAAAGGAGAAUAUGCAUGUCGUUAAUAUGCUUAACGGUCAAAUGCUAUUAUCAUGGCUCAAGAAACAAAUGGAUUUACAAAGUGCAAUGUCUGGUUAUCCCUCGCCUACUUAUAAUUUUCAACAUCAACAACCUCAAAUGCACCAGUUCCAAAGUGAGUCGUUUAAUCAACCAAGUUGGCAAGGGUUUUCUCAAACUUCUCAAGGUCAAUCACGAAUGUCACAAGCUCAUGACAGCAACAUGCAAGAGAUGGGGUCAUUUGUCAGCUUACUUAAGAAGAAACAAAACUUUCAUCCGAAUUGAUGCUUUAUGUUCAAGUCUCAAUAGUCAAGACUAGUAGAUGAGUUAAAUGUGCUCUCAUAUUUAGUUUAUUAGUAUAUUUCCUUGCUUUUAGUUAAAGUUGAUGUUCCAAAGAGUGACUAUCUUUUGGUCAGACAAUCAAAUUAUGUUCUUCUUUGUCAGACAAUCAAAUUAUGUUAUUUUGAUGGGUUAAAUGUGCUCUCAGAUUUUUGUUUUAAUUGAAGAUGAAAGCUUUAUUAGAAUUUUGUAUCUUUCAAUUUCUUUUACUAUAGAUCUAUAAUCUAACUGUAAUGACAAUGGGCAUGAUGCAUUUGCUUUGGUGGUUUAGUACUCUUUCACUUGUUUUUUCUUAUUUUCUUUUCAUUGGCUAAAAGCAGUUUACUAUAAUUUGCUUUGGUGGUUUAGUAUUGUUUUUAUUACGC